UUCGCUACCAAUUUCAUUAGAAAGGUGAGGUACAUGUUGUUCAAGAGCAAUGCAUUCAAAAUCGCACUUUGACACUUCAAAGUUUAUACUUUUACACUUCUAGAAAAUCAGAAUGCUUCUACGUAGAAUCGAGCUUUUAACUUACAAUUGUAGUCAAAAUCUAUGCUUUAAAGCUUACUUUUUCUUACGCUUUAGCUCACCAAAAUGUUUCUACAUUGAAUCACGAUUUGACUGCCUUGGUUAAGAGGAAUUAUAACUUCUCGGCCAUUAGCUCCCUCCUCCUAACACUUGGAUUUGUCCCAAAGAAAUUGCUGUAAUCUUUAAAUCUAGGUGGGCGAAAACCCUAUGUAGAAGGCUACAAAAGAAUCAGUGUCAGUUUGUUUUCUGUUGCCGACUAAUGGGAGACAAAUCGUGACACGGUGUUUGGUUGGUAGAAGUAGAACAGAGACAAAACGCUGACAGAACAGAGCAAAGAGUUUUAACUCAUGAAAGCAGAACCAAUAUACAAUUCAUGGAGCAUCAUUGGAUAUGGAACAAAGAAGGGUGGCGUGGCCCGGACGAACACUGAUAGAAAAAACUCGCAAUUUUGAUUAAACGUUCAAAGAUGGACACUCUGUUUUCCCUAAGAGCUGCCAGCUGCUCUGUUUUCUUGUUUGGGGUUUAGCAGUUGGAGCUUAUGGAAUGGACAUUUGUCUUUCUUACUUAUGGAAUGGAGAGCCGGUUGCCGAAGGAGAAGAUCGUGGUGGUGGGAAUGCUAUUGAGUCUGGUCAAUUUCCCACCAGACUGUGAUCUGCUGGAAUGGAAAUCGACUAAAGCAAUAGAUCAGAACUUGGACUGAACAAAACUGGCAGUUUUUGUUUUCACGAUGUUGUUUGUGUUUCGUGCUCGAUAAGUUUGUGUUAACCGGUUGAUUUGUAUAGACGUAUCUUCACCCCUUUUCAAGUGACUUACAUUCGAUGAUCAUGCCUCGUGUGCAUUGAUGAAUCUCGUUCGGGUUGAAUUUUGUACAUUAGUUGCUCCAAGAAGGACAAAUCUUCUUUGUAAAUAUUUCUUGAAAGUUCGGCACAUCACGAUUGUGAUAAUGGUGAGAUUUUAUUAAAAACGGUGUAUUUUGGCUUGUUUUGUUUCAAUUGUUGAAAUUCAAAGACACUUGGCAUCAAUGGAUAUGGCAUUGGCACUUUGCAGUCGUUGGAUGGACGCAGUGACAAUCUUUUAUAAAAUUACCUUCACAUCCGUCCAACGAGGACUAGGAAGCAGCCGUGACCAAUCCAACUUCCUCCAAUUGGUGUCAUGGCAGCAACCAUAUCAAAAUCUUUGCGAUUUGCGGUUACCUGAAAAUUGAAUGUUACAAUUAACCACAUUCAAUCGAAUAACCCAUUGAUCAUUCUUUUUGGUUAGGGUUACUUAAGAACGGGGGCACUAGGGUUUCGGAUUCUUUAAUAUUUGCAAUUUGUUGUUUUGAGGUUCGAUUUACAAUUACACUGAAAAAUUACUCAAAACUAGACCUAAAAUCAUUCUAGCCUUUCAUUUUGGUGUUAUCGAUUAACCAUUAACCAUAUAAUUCAGUUACAGUUUUGGUUAAACCGCAGAACCGCAACCACACUUUGAAGCCAAAUAGUCGGGUUGCAAAAACAGGACUAUUGUCAAUUGUCAUGGCUAGAUAUUUUGCCUCAAAUUAUAAAGUAGAGUGACAAAUGGGAUAAUUUACCAAACACUCUCUGCCAUGAAGCAUGCGUGUAAGCUACUAUGAGUCAAUGAGAGAUGGAUAAUCAAUUGAUUAACUAAUACAACACAAAUAAUUAUAAUCACGAUUCUUCUCUUCCUCUUGGCAGCAGUCUCUUGAUUUUCCUGGGAAAUUAAGCACUCGACCACUGCUUUUUCCUGCACCCAAAACAUUACGCCGUAACCCAACUCGCCGGACCGCCCGACUUUACCAUGGCACCUCCACACGGCGGCGGAUCAGACGCUGCAGCAGGGGAAGCCGUCGCUGCUCCAGUUGACCAGCAACAACAGCGUCCUAUUUCUUCCAUCCUUAUAAUCAUCGCUAUGCAAACUGAAGCGACGCCUUUAGUCAACAAGUUCCAGCUCAAGGAGGACCUUGAUUCUGUGUUUCCAAAAGGUGCUCCCUGGGUCAGGUACUAUGGUACAUACAAGGAUCUGCAAAUCAAUUUAGUAUGGCCUGGAAAAGAUUCCACCCUUGGUGUUGAUUGUGUCGGCACAGUUUCUGCAGCUCUUGUGGCCUAUGCUGCAGUUCAAGCUCUAAAUCCUGACUUAAUCAUUAAUGCGGGCACAGCAGGCGGCUUCAAGGCAAAAGGUGCUGGUGUUGGGGAUGUAUAUCUGAUAUCUGGUGUUGCUUUUCAUGACCGGAGAAUUCCCAUUCCUGUUUUUGAUCUAUAUGGACUAGGUUCAAGGAAGCCCUGUUCGACGCCCAAUAUAGUAAAAGACCUUAACUUAAAGAUUGGUAAACUUUCCACCGGAGAUUCUCUGGACAUGUCGCCUCAGGACGAGGCAUCAAUCACUGCAAACGAUGCUGCAGUGAAAGAUAUGGAGGGUGCAGCUGUUGCCUAUGUAGCCGAGAUGUUGCAAGUCCCUACGAUAUUCAUCAAAGCCGUGACUGACAUUGUCGAUGGCAACAAGCCGACUACCGAGGAAUUCCUGCAGAAUCUAGCAGCAGUAACUGUUGCACUUGAUGAGUCAGUCACCCAAGUAGUUGAUUACAUCAAUGGGAAGUGUCUUUGUGAACUUUGAAACUUUGAUGUCUCACAGAAGAUCAUUCAAGGUCGAGUGUCGUUAAGCUUUCUACGCUUGCAAUUAUACUGGGUUUUGAUGUAUGCUCAUUGUUAGGUCAUGUUUGUUACUGAUGCCAAUAACUUAGACCUCCUGUUGUUGAGAACAGUUUACUUAGAAAAAUAUAACCUUUCACACAAGAAGUACCUAAUCUCCACCCACAGCUUUCAAACAUAACCCGCAUGAAUGCCCUACUUCUCUUCCACUGGUUUUAUAUAACAGCCAGCAAGUUGCAAGCUUUCCAUACCCUUCCAUGUAAAUCAAAUUCCAUGAUGCUU